AUGUCAUUUCGAAACUUAUUAUCCACCAUUGCAAGUAAAUCAGAGAAUUCACUGAUUGCCAAAGAAUUGCCGAGCACAGUGGAUGAAAUUGGGAUACCGCAUGCUAUUAAGCGCAGUCCAACGGAUUUGCUUCGUGCAUUAGCGGAUACAGUUGAUGUUGAUCCGACGGCUCCACAUUUUGCUUUUAUCGAUGAUCCGUUAACAAUUCCUACAGAUUCACAGCGCGAUUUAUAUUUUGUUGCCAAAGAAACUGGACGUCGUGCGGCUCAGCAACUUGCUCAGGAGUGGCCAACGUUAUUCAUGUAUGAUACAGAUGUACCACGUAUUCAAGCUUAUCGACCGCAGAAAUCACCCGAUCCCUCUGAGAUUGCACCCACAGUUGAAAAUUUACAAAAACUGAUUGCAGCCAAAGAGGUGGUCGGUGCAAACCAGUUAUGUGAUAGAUUGGCCGCCGAAAAUAUAGCAGUACCUCGGGAAAUAUUGGUUGACCUAUUUUGCUUGUUGGUUUACUAUAAUGGUAAGCAAAUCCCAGUGGCUGAAAUACCUUGGCAUGGAUGGCGAAAUUAUGGUUGUCAAGUGGAACAAGAACCAGAAAUAUGGGACAGUGGUGGUGCAGCUGAUCUUUUAUUUGAAGAACUUGAAAAAGAUGAAGAAAUUUAUUCUGUAAUGAUAGCUGGAUUGUGUAAAUAUCGUAAUGCUGAAUGUACCACACGCGCAUUGGAAAUUUAUAAGGAAAUGUGUGAGAAAGAUUUUGUUCCAACUGUUGAGGCAUACUACGGUUUAAUUACAAUUGCGAAGACUUGGCAAGAAGCGAUAUUUUAUUUGAAAGAUAUGGCACAAAAAUGUGUAAAACCGAAUAUUCGGAUUUUCAAUGUUUUGAUCGAAAAAUCUACAUCAGUACAACUUCAUGAUCAAUUUAAUACAGCAGUCAAAAUAUUGAAUGAAGCAACGAAUGUGGGAUGUAAGCCAAGCUUACGUACGUAUUCGUUGCUGAUGAAAAGUUGUUUAAAGCAGAGGAACAUUAGCAAGUCUGUCUGCUUAGCGCAUCUAGUACAUAUUCUGGCGGAGCUUGAACAAAGUGAAGCAAUUGAAAUGUUCGAAAAAGGUGAUGAAGAAUUUUUCAUUAGUGCAAUGGACUUUGCACUUCAGACGAGGAAUAUUGUAGUUGCGGAAAGAAUAUUAGCUCUUUAUCGUUCACCAAAUAAUCAUAUUCGUUUACCCGCCUUUCUAGGUGAAGCUGAAUUUUAUGGAUUAUACCUGCGCAUUGUGAUUAAUCAGUUAUCUUUGCAAGAGCUUGAAAAACAAUAUAUGUCAUUGGUCCCACGAGCUGUUCCAUUGUCCAACAAUUUGGCGAUGAUCAUGCUUCGAAGACUGCAGACCGAAAGGAAUGUACCAUGGUUAUUCUCUCGCAGAUUGAUUGAAGAUUUUAUUACAAGUCGACAUAUUUUACGACCGCAUCUAAAUCAACAAUUGCGCAUUUAUUUGCUUAAUAUGGAUUUAAAGAAAAUGACUAUGGAACAGAGAGAAGAGCUCCGCGAUUUAGUUAUCAAAAUCGUUGAUAUUUUUGUAGAAAUAAGCCGGUUUUCGGAAGUGAAGUAUUUGCAAAAGAUUCAAAAAAAGUUGGAGUCUGAUUUUAUAGCAGAUAUGUCGUUGAUGAUGAUGAAGUUGGAUGAGAGAGAACGUGCAUGGAAAUUCCUAGCUCUGUUGUUAAAUGAAGAAGCGAAGCAAGGUGAAGCUGCAACAGUUAGCAAUGAAAGAUCUCCGAAUUGCGAAACUUUGAAUUCACUAAUGCAAGAAGCACUGAAUGAAGGCAACUGGUAUAAUGCAAGCUGUUGUUUACAAAUUAUGGCACUCUAUUCACUGUCAGAAAAUUUGAAGUCGGAAGUGGAUCGUAUCUGUAAGCAUUGCAACAUAACGCCGAUACAGCGGAAGAUUUUAGAAAACUUUGCUGAAUUAAGGAAUUAG